AUGUCAUCCAUAUCUAAAUUCAUUAGCAGAUUUUUCUCUUCUGAGAAGCAAAAAGCAAUCAAGCACUGGCAGUUCAAAGAUGAUCUUGAAAAGGCCGACUUGGGCGAUGAGUUCAUCCAGCUCAAGAUUGAUAUUUUGAGCAAGUAUGGAGUCGAAAAUAUUCGCAAAGCCUGGCUUUCAGUCACCUCAGCCCUUGAAGCCGAAGCCCAGACAAUAAAGAAGCAGGGGGCCUCCGUGUGGCCAGAGGUGAACUAUGUAGACAUCGAAAAUGCCACUGUUUCGAAAGAUAUUCUUGACGCUAUUCAUCGGACGGGAAUUGUCAUUAUUCGCAAUGUUCUCCCCCAGACACAAGCCACUGAAUUGGGAGAGGAGCUUGCGAAGUAUCUUCAUGAAAACCCGACAGUUAUUGAAGGUAAAGUUGAGAUCUGCCUUGUGCUUUACAUUACUAAAAUGUCUUCUUUCACAGGGCUUCCAAAGCAGAACCCUUGGCUUUAUCGCUCGUAUUUUUCACCAACCCAGAACACCGUCAGGACUCAUACAAAUAGUAUCAAAGUACACCGAUUUCUCAAUGAGCUUUGGGAAGGGUAUGACGGUGAAAGGGCACACCCCACUCCUCUUUCAUAUGCUGACGCACUUCGAUACCGCCAACCUGGUGGAUUUUCUGCCGUCCUUCAACCACAUAUAGAUGCCGGGAGUCUGGAUAGAUGGGCGGAUGAUGAGUAUCAAACCUUCUAUAGCAAGAUCUUUGAGAACAAGUGGCAAGAUCACAAGCCAUUCGAUAUUGAGGCUCGCUUAAAAGUCAACCAAGCUAAAUUCCCCGGACCUCACCAAUCAACUGUUCUAAGAACAUUCCAGGGAUGGACUGCCCUCUCGCCCUCUGGUGGAAGCUUUGGUCAAAGCGCCCUGGCUGUCUUUCCGAAUGUGACCCUUGGUAUCGCAUAUGUUCUGCUUCGCAGCUUCUUCAAACCGCCUGCCAAUGGCUCGACGGACCCAAAUCUUUGGGAGCUUGAUAUUAGCGACAGCUUUCCAGGCGCUGCCAAGGGCUUGAGUCAGAGGAUCUCUCCUUCAACACAUCCGCAUCUCCGCUUCAAUGAGACCCUCAGCCUGACGCCUCAAAUUAACCCAGGGGAUCUUGUUUUCUGGCAUCCAGAUAUUAUUCAUGCUGUCGAUCCGACUUUGAACUCGGAUAAACCAGCCACAGUGCUCUACAUCCCUUCCGUACCUUUAACGAAAUACAACCUGGACUAUGUUAAAAGGCAAAGAGAUGCGUUUCUUGACAAUGGGAAAACGCCCCCAGAUUUUCAAGAAUGGUUCGUUCAGAAUGAAGGGGUGGCCAAGGGCUGGAAGCCGGUCCAGGACUUUGCCCAAAACAGCGAAGCACGACAGUCACUUGGCCUUGAAAAGCUGACCGGUGAUUUUGACAUCGUCAAAACAGCAAAUAAGAUUCUCGGCCUAUAA